ACUCCGCCUCUCGCCGCCGCUGCCACCGCUGCCGCCGGACUCACGGCCUCGGGCGGCGGGGACCCAGCUUGCACGCGCCGCGCCCUCUGGCUCCAGGUGGGGCAGAGGACUCGCCCGGAUCCUCCCGCCCAGGGCCCGCCUCGGCCUUCUCGUGGUCCCGCGGCCCAGGGGCUCCUUCUAAUAGACCCGGACUGAGUCUCCUCGGAUCGGGGACCCUCCCCUUGUCCCCUAAGCCACCAAGGAGGGUGGACAACUGCCGCCGCAUCUCCUGAACCCGGGUCUUGGCUCUGCAGUCCCCUCUUACCCUUACAGACUGCUGAGAGCUUCACGAUUCUGUUUUUUCUUGUUUCCAACUCUAGAACCUUGCGACCUCCGGUCACUGCCUGUUCCCCAGGGCACCCUCCCCGGGAGACACGCUCCAUCCCCACACAACCUGGGCCAGGCUCUGUGCCUGCGGGCUUCUUCCUGAUUCCCUGCUCUCUUCACUGCCCCCCACCCUCUGUCUUCUGCCCUUCACUCCCCUUAUCACCUCUUAGAGCCCGUCCUAACCAGGGACCAGUGGGUACCCCUUGCCCCAGGAUGUGAGCCCCUUUGACCUGUAAUGCUGUGGCUGGCCCUUGGCCCUUUCCGUGCCAUGGAGAACCAGGUGUUGGUGAUUCGCAUCAAGAUUCCAAAUAGUGGCGCGGUGGACUGGACAGUGCACUCUGGGCCGCAGUUACUCUUCAGGGAUGUGCUGGAUGUGAUAGGCCAGGUUCUGCCUGAAGCAACAACUACAGCAUUUGAAUAUGAAGAUGAAGAUGGUGAUAGAAUUACAGUGAGAAGUGAUGAAGAAAUGAAGGCAAUGCUGUCAUAUUAUUAUUCCACAGUAAUGGAACAGCAAGUAAAUGGACAGUUAAUAGAGCCUCUGCAGAUAUUUCCAAGAGCCUGCAAGCCUCCUGGGGAACGGAACAUACAUGGCCUGAAGGUGAAUACCCGGGCUGGACCCUCUCAACACACCAGCCCCGCAGUUUCAGAUUCACUUCCAAGCAAUAGCUUGAAGAAGUCUUCUGCUGAACUGAAAAAAAUACUAGCCAAUGGGCAGAUAAAUGAACAAGACAUACGGUAUCGAGACACCCUUGGUCAUGGCAACGGAGGCACAGUCUACAAAGCAUAUCAUGUUCCGAGUGGGAAAAUAUUAGCUGUGAAGGUAAUACUACUAGAUAUUACACUGGAACUUCAGAAGCAAAUUAUGUCUGAAUUAGAAAUUCUUUAUAAGUGUGAUUCAUCAUAUAUCAUAGGAUUUUAUGGGGCAUUUUUUGUAGAAAACAGGAUUUCAAUAUGUACAGAAUUCAUGGAUGGGGGAUCUUUGGAUGUAUAUAGGAAAAUUCCAGAACAUGUCCUUGGAAGAAUUGCAGUAGCAGUUGUUAAAGGCCUUACCUAUUUGUGGAGUUUAAAGAUUUUACACAGAGAUGUGAAGCCCUCCAACAUGCUAGUAAACACAAGAGGCCAGGUCAAGCUGUGUGAUUUUGGAGUGAGCACCCAGCUGGUGAAUUCUAUAGCCAAGACGUAUGUUGGAACAAAUGCUUAUAUGGCGCCUGAAAGAAUUUCAGGGGAACAGUAUGGAAUCCACUCUGAUGUCUGGAGCUUAGGAAUCUCUUUCAUGGAGCUUGCUCUUGGGAGGUUUCCAUAUCCUCAGAUUCAGAAAAACCAGGGAUCUUUAAUGCCUCUCCAGCUUCUGCAGUGCAUUGUUGAUGAGGAUUCGCCCGUCCUUCCGGUUGGAGAGUUCUCCGAGCCAUUUGUACAUUUCAUCACUCAGUGCAUGCGAAAACAGCCAAAAGAAAGGCCAGCACCUGAGGAAUUGAUGCCUUUCAGAAGCCAGAGGCCUGGUAAACAGAGAAGAGAGUCAGUGUGCUAAAAGUUUUUGGUGCAGUCCUACAAGAAGGAGUCUGAUUGUGGCACAGAGUCCUGGAUGCAUGUGAAAUGAAAUUAGACUGGCUGCAAAAGAUCAAGUCAAUGCGAAUCUUUGGUCUUUCCUCAGAAACAGACACUACAAGGCUGCCAGCGCUGUGUCCUCAGCUCCAAGGCAGCCUUCUUUGAUUGCAGAUGACAGUUUUUACUCAAGCAGGGAAAGGAACAGAGAUGUUCCCUAACAAUUCCCAAAUGGUCAUUUAUUUAGUGCAGAUUGUUGAUUUGACAACACACAAGCUGUUAGAAUGACGUUAGGAUGGAGCAUUAAUAAAUAAUAAUUAUGUUCUACUCUUUUCCAAGGUUUUGCAUACCAUUCCCUGUCUUUAGGUCACUGCAAUCAGAGCAAAUCAGCCCUAAUUUUCUUUCACCUCUUUAAACAAUAUACAUUUUACAGAUAUUGAAGUCCAUCCUACUGAAUGCUCUAAGUGCCCAAACUUCUGUACAAUACAGAUUCCCCCCACACACACACCCAUAGAGAACCUUCCCCUGUGCAUCACAAGUACUCUCCAGGUAGGGAAUUCUCUCCUUCAUGUUGUCUCUAGAGCAAAAAUUCAAUUUUCAAGAUAAUUUCAAGUUAAAGUUCACCCCUAAAACCCCUGAAAUUUAUAGCUAUGCUGAUUUCAUGUGUAGACUAAACUGGGAUGGGUUUGGGGCUUUAUUGGUUUUUUUGGUUUUGUUUUGUUUUUGGUCUCUUUGGUGAUUGGGGAAUUCUUGCAGUUAGUCACAUUUGAGAAGACUUGGAACAGGUUCCAGAGAUGGAGACCCGUUUACCUUGUGCAUUAUUAAGCUACGGCUGGAUAGCUCAGCUAUUAAAACAAAGGAAUAGGGUUUCAUAAAACAGAUAUCUGUUUGUAAAUGCAUGUUUCAAUGCUGCAGUGAGUUGGCCACUUAUAAAUAAAACAUCUGCAGAUCAUGCUCAUACCCAUAAAUGUAUAUGAAUGUGUGUGUGGAUAAGGAACACCUCUCCAGGGUGGCGAGUCAUAAAGAUAAGGCUAAAGGGUAGAACCUCUAGUGCCUCAGAAGCAAGUAGAUGUGGAUGUAUGUGCAUGUGUGUGUAUGGAGGGGUGUUUAGAUGGAUUUCUUUUUACUCUGGUGCAUGCUGUCCCAAAUGUUUAAUUAAUAAAUAUCAACAAAUCAAUAAGAUACAGUGAAAAGUGUAGUCAGCAGAAGCACCAUCCUAUACUUAAUUUAACAUUAUUUCUAGUACUACUCAUUUAUUCCCAGAGGUAUAACAGUAGUUAGGCACCCUUGUUUGGUAAGGGCUGGGUGUGGAGUCAGGAAACAGGAGGGAGGGGGCUGCUGUGGUCAAGGCAGUCGAGCCCUGCCUGCCUUUUGCCAAGAGGUUAGACCCAGCAGGGGACAGGAAAGGAAGUAGGUUGUUCCUUGACUUGAACCUGAGUCACAUCCUAGGGACCCAGUCUGAAGAACAGUUUCUUUAUUCCUCCCAGCAUAUUAAUGGCUUUAAUUUUUCCUUUUCCCUCUCUGCCUACAACCUAUUUGAUGGUGCUCCCAUCUGGAAGCCGAGAGCGUCCUCUGGAAUGCGUGAACUGUAGAGCCCAUUUGUCACUGUGGGUGGGGGGCCUGUGCCUUUCGCAAAAGAGAGCAGUUUAUCUCCCAGGCGCGGUAACUCCAGCCAGCAGGAUACCAACAUGGGCUGCACAGCUUGGGCCGCGUCAACUGUGAGGCCUGCAGGAUUUUCAAGGUUUCCCUGUGGGUUUGCAUUUUCCAAAUCAAAGGAAGAAAAUCAGAGAUGGAGUCUGGUGGAAAUGCUGAGAGUCGUAGAUUCACUGUAGGAAACUCUUAAAUGAUCUCCAGGUAUGGCUUGACUGGUGAACACUUCUUACCUAAGUAAAUCAGAGCACAGGAUGGGUGGGUCAUAUCACCCUGACUUCUGGGCUUGGGCUGUACACCUUGUGGGUACUCAAGCUGUCUUUGUCUUUUUAUUUGGUGGGGUCACUGUAGAUACCCGGAUACCCAAUACCAAGUCUUAAAAUCAUUGGUCACGUCUGUCUUAAAAAUGAAAUGUAAAACUCAAGAUUAAACUCUUGAGACCAUUAAAUCCCAGUGUUAGAACUCACUUAGUUGUCUGGUUAUUUAAUUUCCUCUCUUGUGGGUAGUCAUUCUUUAGAUGGU